AUGUACUGUAUGAAAGGACUUCCAGGAAGAGAGGAUUGGAACAACAACUUACCCGUCAAUCCUCAAUAUAUGCUCACGAAAACAGACUGGUGGUUUCAACACGAGCGAGGAUGUGACAAAGCCCCACCACCCGAUGGCGACUAUCUUGAACUUCCCGCAGGAGGCGCUUUCACUGUUGAAAUUGCUACCAAUCGUGCUUUCACGACCUUUGGUCACAAUCCAAAUUUCGCUGGCUAUUUUGGUGGGCACCAAGAACCUAUACGAAGCGGUGAAGGAUGUGUUGUCGAUCCGAAUUUACACACUUUUGAUCAAACCUCAGCUCCAGGAACAGUUUUUGCUAUCUCCUAUCAGAACAGCAUUGAUAAAGUCACACCGGAAAAUUUGGUCGUCUUCACUGUAUCAUACCAUACACCCUGGCAAAGAUUGACCUCGUACAGUGUGCCAAAAGAUUUACCUCCCUGUCCUGCAGGUGGUUGUACAUGUGCAUGGGGAUGGAUUCCAAUGGGAUGUGGACAGCCCAACAUGUAUAUGCAAGGCCAUAAAUGUAUCGUCACCGGCUCAACUUCUACCAGAAAACUGGCGGUUGCCAAACCACCAGUCUAUUGUGAAGAUGAUCAAUCAAAGUGUGUAAAGGGAGCAAAGCAAAUGAUCUUCUACCAACAAUUAGAUGGGAAUAAUGUGCACAACCCACCCAAAAUGCCAACCUACAAUGCACGUAUGGGAUUCUCAAAUGGCGCGCAGAAUGAUAUUUUUGAAUGA